GGAUGAGAGAGCUCUCGAAACUUUACAAGGGAUCCAAGAAAAACGCGAUGUUAGGAAAGCUAAAGUCAAUUAUUUGAUUAACGAUUUACGUGUUGGUCUUCGUGACAGGUAUAGAGAGGCGUUUCAAUAUUCUCCAAGCUAUAGCACGGGGAUCUUAUCCCAAAAAUUCAUUCCUGGUACAAAUAAGUAUCCUUAA